AUGCAAUUUGGUGGAAAGAGAAAGAAGUUGAUAACAAAUCCACAGUAUGAACUUUAUGGCCACUGUCUCCAGUUUUAUGAUAAACCUCCGCUUGAAAACAUCUCACUUUCCGAGUUUGAGACCUUUGCCGUGGAGAGGUUAAGAUUGUUGAAGACGGUGGAAAAUCUUGGGGUUAGCUAUGUGAAAACCUCUGAGCAGUACCAGAAGAAACUUUUUGCGGAAUUUUCUAACCUCAAUUUCCCUUACAAAAUAGAAGCGGAUGACCACAAAGUCCAAACUGGUCCCACUGAACAUGAGAAAAGAAGAAAGGAUCAUAUCUCUCACUUCAUCCUUCGCCUUGCAUAUUGCCAAACAGAGGACCUUCGACGAUGGUUUAUACAGCAAGAAAUGGAUCUUUUUCGCUACCGCUUCAAUGACCUCCCUCCACAGUUGAAAACUGACUUUCUGCAUAGAAAUAAUCUGAAGUAUGAUAUGAUAAGCACUGAAGAAAAGAAUAACUUAAAAGAAAAACUCAUCCACUCGAGCCAUGCAGUAAGCGGAGUCACUCUGGAGAACCAAGACUUUUACAAAGUCCCAUUCCAGGAUGCUCUGGAUUUAGUCCGGACAAGGAAGGUGUUUCUGCAGGGAGGUUACGCCUACAUACCCCAACAGGAUAUCAUCACAAUCGUCCUCAACGAUUUCCGCACCAGACUCUCCAAAGCGCUUGCAUUGACGGCACGAUCUUUACCGGCUGUGCAGACUGAUGAACGACUCCAGCCUCUUCUAAACCACCUCAGUCACGCCUACGUGGGUCAAGACUACAGCAUUCAGAAGAACAUUGGAAAGAUAUCUCUGGAGCAGAUUGAUUCGCUUUCAGGCAAAUCCUUCCCUUUGUGUAUGAGACAGCUCCAUAAAGCCCUGAGGGAGAACCAUCACCUGCGUCACGGCGGCCGCAUGCAGUAUGGCCUUUUCCUCAAGGGCAUAGGGCUCACCCUGGAGCAGGCCCUGCAGUUCUGGAGGUCAGAGUUCAUCAAAGGCAAAGUGGAUGCCGACAAGUUUGACAAAGCAUAUGCCUAUAGCAUUCGCCACAUGUUUGGGAAGGAAGGCAAACGAACUGACUACACGCCCUACAGUUGCAUGAAGGUGAUUUUGUCAAAUCCACCGAGCCAAGGCGACUAUCACGGGUGUCCAUUCCGACACAGCGACCCAGAGCUGCUGAGGCAGAAGCUGCAGUCUUAUAAGCUUUCUCCCAGCGGGAUCAAUCAGAUUCUGGAGCUGGUCAAGGGGAUGCAUUAUCAAGUGGCCUGCCAGAAGUACUUUGAGCUGACACACAAUAUUGAGGAUUCAGGAUUUUCACUCAAUCACCCCAACCAGUACUUCAUAGAGAGUCAAAAAGUGCUUGGUGGAGGGAAGGAGAUAAAGAGAGAAGCGGAGACGGUGCAGAAGGGAACGGAGAACACAGGCAGUAAAACUCCUAGUGUGUCUCAGCAGGGCUCUGCCCAGUCGGCCCAGGUUCUGGGAGACAUGGAGGCUCUGGAGGCUUUCUUCCAAGAUGAGUAA